GCGCUUAAUGUGGGCUUUCUUCGUCUGGUCUGCCUUGCCUUGCCUCGGCUCGGCCCAGACUCGCGCUCUCGAGGUCCUCCAUCUCCUUCCUGAUGCGGGGUGCGCCUCGCACUCGCACUCGGGACUGCAAGAACUGUCGAGUACAGUCGUUGUCGCGAGCUGAAUCCUUGUCUCGAGUAGCGCCCGGGCCUGGCUGGCUGGUUGGCUUUUUGUUGCCACUUUGCGGGCUCGAAUUUGGCACGUGAAGAGUGUGCGGAGUUGCGCAUUCCCACUGUGGGCUCCCGGGUUCUUGGGUUGUUUUGAACAGGCCAGACCACGCGGACGGGCAGAUGGCAAGUCAUGCCUUUUUCGUUCUCUGCAUGGUGGAAAUUAUGUUCGUCUCUGUGGGCGUAGUGAUCUGUGGGUGAUAGACACCCCGGAAAUCUGCUAGGAGUACCUCGUGCUUUUCGACACACCCAAGACAUCUUCAAUUGGUGCACGGCAAGUCCCAGGUUGUUAAAAAAAAAACCGAACAAUUUUCAGAUUGGAAAAGCUUCUGCUUAUGCUGGGAAUUGAUCCAACGAAUUCUGUCGUCUCAAGACAAAUUUUGACUUUAUGUGGAUAUUUUCCCCAUAAGUCAUGGAGAAAGCUUGCAAACCGAAGUAACCUGUCUGGAGCUUCAAGGAGACCGCUUCCUUAGCAUCAUCCUCACUAAUUUCUGUGUUGCAAGGAAAUGGAAAGAUUGCUUACCAAAAUCCGUGACCUUGAGAAGGAGGCCCUCAAUAUAGCUUCCAAACAAGAGCGAAAAAGAAUACGGAUUAAAGAGACGAACGAAGAGUGCUGCUGGCACUGCGAAGGCCAAGACUGGAUAAAUGAUGUGAGGCUUAAAGGUGGAGAAUGGACUGGCAAGCCCUUGGUGGUUCUCAGCUUGUUUGAUGGGAUUGGUGGUGUUUGGGUCGCCCUUGAAAGACUUGGCAUACCUUUCGUGGGAUACAGUUGUGAAGUGAAUGAUGCCGCGAUGCAGGUGAUCAAACAUAGAUACGGCAUGGUUCGUCACCUCGGAGAUGUUAAGGAACUUGAAAAAGCAGACAUACCAGAGAAGGUGGAUUUGAUCAUUGGUGGUUUUCCCUGUCAAGACUUGAGCAGCCUGGGGCAUAAAAUGGGACUUCACGGGCAACGAAGCAAGCUCUUCUUCGAAAUGCUACGCAUCAUCAAGAUUUUCAACCCAACCUGGUUUCUUGCAGAGAAUGUCGCAUCAAUGACAUGGAUUGAUCGUCAAGAGAUCUCAAAGCAUUUGAACACCACUCCAAUUGAGAUCGAUGCUGAGGAGAUUACUCCCAGUAAGAGGAGACGGAUAUACUGGUCAAACAUACCCUACCCGAACAAAAUUCCUCGAAUUAGAGAUCAUGAAAGCACAGCCCUGCAAAGUGUGCUUCACAAUGCAACUGCUCUCGACAAAAAAGUCGGGUGCAUUCUUUCACAGAACAAUCAUAAGGCUGGCUAUGGUAGUCUUGAAUUGGUGAUGGACAACAACACAAAUAAGCUGCGUUACAUUAGCGUAAUAGAAACAGAGCUAGCGAUGGGAUAUCCCCCAGGAUAUACCAAUGUGAAAUUCAAUCAUAGCUGCGAAAAGAAGACCAUAUCAUCAACAGCAAACUAUCGCACUGAGGUGAAUAUUACGAACAUCACUAGACGUGCGGGGGAGAAGAUGUUGAGAAGUAAGAGAAUUGUACAAUCAUCUCAAAGGCUAGUGGAGGAGAUGAGUUCAGUAAAGUCUUCUUCUUUUGCGGAUGGCAUCAAUCGUAGCGCACGGUGGCAUCUUCUUGGCAACACUUUUUCAGUACCAGUCAUAUGCUACCUUUUAAGUCCAUUAUUGUACAGAGAAGUUCGAGCUGCCCCGAUACCAAUCUCCCUUCCGAAGUACAUUAAAGAGCAGGAUUGCUCAGCCAUGGACCCAGGCGAGGUUUGGGCUUUGUACAAUAGCCAUGAGCGACCCAAUUGGUAUGCAGUCAUUGUCAGCAGAUCUGGAGACCGUUUCAGUGAUGUGCGGAUUCAACUAGGUAGAAAACGACCACCAAUUUAUAUUGAAGUAAAGUUUAUGGAGAUGACAUCUGCCUAUGCAGCUGGAGAGCCCGAUAACUGGGACACAAAUCGAGGGACAGGUCUUUUUCAUCUGAGAGAAUUGAUAGAUAAGCAAAAUUCUUGGGUUGCAUUCUCCCACAGGGUGAGCACAUUUUUGCAUUUCGAUAAUCAUUACUUUAUGUACCCCGGAAAGGACGAGGUAUGGGCUAUAUAUGACAACGCUGCGAAGUGCCGGUACCUAGUGUACGUAUUGACGAGCGAGAUUGAUCGGCAGAAGGCAAAGCUAGGGAAACCCGGUAAAGAAGGGUUUCAUGCUCGCUGCCGCCUUUUGCAAAGGACAGAGAAUGAGGUCUACAGAUUCAUGGACGCGGAGCUUGACCUUACUGAUCUCUCGAUCUUCGCUUUUAGGGCGCCCUUUCAUUAUAAAAACGAAUCCAAUCUUCUUAGAAUCGAACUAACGCUGAGACAGCGUAAACAGGGACCUGAAAAUGACAAACAAAAUUGUAAACGUAGAAAAAGAUACUCGGACAGUGAUGAAGAUGAUGAAGAGGACGAGGUGGAAGCCACCGACUCUGAAGCUGUGGUAACUGCGGAAGACGAUUCAGGAAGGUGAUACUAUUCGUACCCACAGCAGAGUACGCGGAAAUUUGAUUUUUCAGAGCUGAGACAACUGUCAAAAAUCGGUAUGCGAUUCUUGAGUAGAUGAGAAAUUGGUAGAAAAAUCCCAGGCUUACCAUAGAAUUUAGGCCAUUUAUGAACAUUGUCGCUUUAAUAAAUGACUAAAUCCUCGUUCACACGCGUUUAACAUGUGAGAGAAGGGGUGAAUGGGAUAAACCAUAGUAUAAAUGAUGUCAUUUUAUUUAAGUUAGCCAGUUUGCAAACAACCAUAGCAUCCAAAGUUAUUGGUAUUAGCAGGAAGAUUUGCAACUAUUUUCGGUGUUAUUUUUAAUUUAGUCAAUUAAUCUGAAAAAAAAUUAAUAUAUAUCUUAUUUUCAAGAUCUCAC